UCAUCCCUAAACACACGAGAUAUAUAGAUAUGGAGACUGUAGUGGUGAUUGUGGGAGCUGGACCAGCUGGUUUAGCAACAUCAGUUUGUCUAAACCAACACUCAAUCCCAAACUUGAUCUUAGAGAAAGAAGACAUAUAUGCAUCACUUUGGAAGAAACGAGCCUACGACCGUCUCAAACUUCACUUAGCCAAAAACUUCUGUCAGCUGCCUUUCAUGCCGCAUGGUCCCGAUGUUCCAACCUUCAUGCCCAAAGAAUUUUUCAUCGAUUACCUUGACGCUUAUGUCACCCGUUUUGACAUAAACCCUAGAUAUAACCGAACUGUGAAGUUCUCAAUGUUUGACAUGUCUAACAACAAGUGGAGGGUAGAGGCUGAAAACACAGUGACCGGAGCAAUCGAAGUGUACUGGUCGGAGUUUGUCGUGGUCGCAACGGGAGAGAACGGUGAAAGAUACAUUCCUGAGGUAAAAGGACUUAAUAAUUUCUGUGGUGAGGUUGUGCAUUCCAGUAUGUACAAGUCCGGACGUGACUACAAAAAUAAAAAUGUUCUCGUAGUCGGGGGAGGAAACUCCGGGAUGGAAAUAAGCUUUGAUCUAAAUAACUACGAUGCUAAUACCGCCGUUCUCAUUAGAACUCCGAGACAUAUAUUGACCAAAGUGGAAGUAUACGUGGGGAUGUUACUGUUGAAAUAUUUCCCGGUGAGAAUGGUUGACACAUUAGUGAUGAUGAUGUCUAAGGCAAGAUUAUUUAUAUACGGAGAUCCCUCCAAGUACGGGCUCAUCCGACCAAACCAAGGUCCGUUUGCCACAAAAUUCUUGACCGGGAGAACUCCAGUCAUUGAUGUGGGGACUGUCCGAAAAAUUCACGAAGGCAAGAUUCAGGUUAUCAAUGGUGGCAUAAGAAGCAUCGAAGGCAAGACCUUGACGUUUGAAAAUGGACUGAGACAAGAUUUUGAUGUCAUUGUGUUUGCGACUGGUUACAAAAGCUCUGUUUGCAAUUGGUUAAAGAACUAUGAGUACGUGAUGCGGGAUGAUGGCUUCCCCAAAAACCCAAUGCCAGAUCAUUGGAAAGGAGAGAAAAAUCUCUAUUGUGCUGGAUUUUCGCGGAAGGGAAUCGCUGGAGCCGCUCAAGAUGCGAUGUCUGUCGCCCAAGACAUCAAAUCUAUUUUGGAAACGGCCAGAUAUUAAGGAAUUCUCAAAAACAACUACCAGAAAGAUUGGAUUACAAUGUACACUUAUACUAGGUGAAUCACCGCGUAUACACAGAAAUUAAUAUUUAGAAAAAAAUAAUUUGUGAUAGUUAUUUAUAUUUAUUUUGUUUUUGUUUUUGUUUUGUUUUAUAUUUUAUAUUAUUUUAACUAAAUCAGUAAUUUAUGAGUUAUUGAGUUAAGAUAUGUUAAUGUACUUGAUUUUGCAGAAUAUUCAACUUUGCUAUGAUAUGUUCCUAAAAUUCUAGUUUGAUUUUAAUAUACUGUAGUUAGUUUGUUGUUGUUUGUAUGGUUAUUUUAAUUAAAAUUUUGUAUUUUGUUUACUUUUCUUUAUUAUUGGGUUUGUGAAUCUUCAAACACAUAAAUCACUUAUAAAUUUUAUAAACUAAUAAAAUUCCGAAAUUGAAAAAUAUUGUUUAAGACACGUUUAAAAUUGCAUCAUUUAAAAUAUAACUUAACAUUUAAAAGUUUUUUUGGGUAAAAUUAACAUUUAAAAGUUACACAUAAACAUAAAUUCAAUUAAAUCUACUUGAUGUUUUAGAAAAUUUCCAUACAAACAACAUAUUUGGUGGAGUAACAAACUUUAUUUACUAAUCCACAAACUAUCCAAACCCACUUACACGACCGGACCCAGUCCGGAUCUCUAAAUCUCCAAAUCCGUCCUUCUCAAACAUCACUCUCAUGAUCUCAAUCUCCAUCUCUCAUCACCAUUUCUAAAAAAACACUUUUAAAUCAAGUGCCAUUCAUCUAAUCCCUUCCAUAUUACUCCUUUUUCAUCUACUCCAACCCAAUUCACAACCCUAAGAACCCAUAUUUUAAAUUCUUCAUUUUUAUCAAAAUUUCUCCAUCCCAUAAUCCAAAUCCAAAUACAAAAAAUCUUCAAACCUUACAAAUGUUUUUUUUUUCUAAUCCCAAAUCGAUCAAUUACUCAUCAUUCUCAAUCAAUUUUCUCUCAUAUAAAAUAGUCUCACCUUCACUGUACAAAAUAUCCGAUGAUGAAAAAAAAAAGUAUUACUAGUACAACUAAAAUUAGUAUAACUAGUACAACUAGAACCUAUAUAACCAGUAUAACUAGUAUAAUUAGAACAACUAUAACGUGUGCAACUAGUAAAACUUUACAAUUAAUAUGGUUAUAUUAGGUUUUUGUUUUCAGUGUGCGAAUGAUGUUAUAGAAGAGGAUGAUCUAGAACCAAUGUAAAGGUUGGUCAAAUCUUCCCCUAAAU